GAAGAUUUCCAGUGACUAAUUUUUUUUGCCUCGCCGUUUUCUUGCUGCUCCCUAACCGGACGCCUGGGAUGGAAGAUCAGACUUGAGACAAAUUUCUGGAUUUACUCGCUUCUAUGUGUGAUUAACCCUUGGCUACCAGCAGCUACCAGUUUCAAACUACAGACGAAUUGCGGAAUACCCUACAGACAUCAAAAUCAGCGAAAAAAAGCGAUGGAUAAACAAUGCCCUCUGGAAGUAAGAUAAGGCAUUUUGAUUUUGAUCGUCUAUCUCCUAAAACCUAUGGUAAACAUUCCCUUACGAAGUGUUGUAUUUUUUCCUUGACUGUUCAGUAGGCAAAUUGGUCAUCAUUAACAUCUUGAACUUGGGUUGCCUGUGGUUUACCUACCUUCCCAUGUUGCUUUGAGUGCGACAACAGUUGUGUUUAUAAACGCUUGAGAGAUUCUGGAGGCCGUGGUGUGAUUACAGUUUCACUAGAGAAAUGCGGUGUGAUGGGUUCGUCUUGGUAUUUUGACGAGACUACUGAUGAUCCUGGACAAUCUCCACUCGACAACAUAUCUUUCAAUGGACAACUUGUCAAUGCUGUGGGACGAAUGAUCUAUGCCGAAAAGGGUGUUGUAUACGUGGAUUCAGACAAUGAGGAGGAGGAUCUUGAUACUCUGGACAGCACUUGCAGAGGCCAUGGAAUAUCGGUCUUUAGUGAUCCUCAAAAUACAACAUUUCAAAUUGUUUCAACCAGGAUUCACAACGAAGGCAAGCAUGUGAUUUACUGUGUAAUGGUUUUGAGAACAGACCAUGUUGACACGGAGAAAGUAAUGGUGGAAAGAAGGUACUCAGAUUUUGCAGCUCUCUACAAAGCAAUCAAGAAAGACCAUCCCUUUUUAAUAAAAGAUGUUGACUUCCCUGGAAAAGUACUUUUUCAAAAAAAGAACCUGAAUCCUGAAUUAAUUGAAUCUAGACGCAUUGCCUUUCAGGCAUUUCUACAGACAAUUUACAAAUACGCAGAAGUGCGUCAACAUCAAGCUUUCAAAGAAUUCUUCUAUCUUCCAGGAUUACGAGAAGCAACAGAUAAUCUGAAAAGUGGUGAACUGGAAAAUAGCUUAGAACUAUUUCUAAACAGUCUGCAUCUUCAAGUUAAGUUGUGUGACAAAGGGAGAGAGAUCAUUGCUACUUUAGGCGCAAUUGUUGACGUACUUGAGGCUCAAGGUAAACUCGAAGAUGCUGAGCGUUAUGCAACAGCAGCCCUUGAAUUACAUGUAGCCCAAAAUGAUUACUUGUGCCCCCAUGUGAUUCCCUUGUUGGACACGGUGGCAAGGUUAAGAUGGAAACUGCAAAUGGACAAGAGAACUAUAGAAAGGCAUUUAAAACAUGUUCAAAAAAUGAGUGGGAUAGAGACAGACCAGGCUUUUACACUUCGAGAACUUGCAGUUACAAGAUUUGACAAGGAGAAGUAGAAGUGCCAAUAUCAUCAUCCUUUACAAUUACAACAACUUGAUCUGUUUUGGACAAGAAAACUAGGGCAAUAUGCAUGUCUUAUGACAAAAUUGGAACACCUUUCAGUUUUAUUACUGGCAUAUGGAUUGUUUAAUCUCCAGCUCAACUCUGAUUGGUUGCGACAAGAAUAUAAAUUUUCCAGCAGGAAUUUCAUUUUUGGGGUUUUCAGUUUGAGCUGAAGAUUCUCUAAGGUAGUAUGGUAGGUUAUUUGAGUUAUUAGCCUUUAGAUACACCAUCCCAUUCAACCAUCGCAAUCUGUUCACUUACUCACUAACUUAAAAUAAAAUUAUUUAAAAUAAAAUUGCUAUAAUUUAUUCUUGUUGAUUGAGGGCAUCUAGCUCUUCUAUGCUGGAUAAUUAAUUUAUACAGUAAGAAGUUGUGAUGUCAUAUUUAAACAUUGAGAUUUGUAGCAGUGAAUCUAGUUUAUGCAUGAUAGUUUAUUGUUAAGGACUCAGUUUGAGUUAUCUGCUUUGGCCGUUAGGCUUCUACAAGUAGAGCAUAUCAACUUUCUGAGGCUUGAAAAUCCUUGCUAUCAUGCCCAAUCUCAUCUAAUAAAUGCAUUACAUAAUACCAGCAUUUAUACCAUGCCAUACAGGAAAGCCUUUGUAUUAUAUUAUUUGAUGGUGUUACAUCCAACCUUCCUAUCAUGCCUGCGUGUAUGUCACAUGUAAUUGUAUUGGUCACUGUAUUUUCUAUGGCAUGGUAUAAAAUAGUUAUGCAACGUUUACUCAUGGUAUACCAUGUAAUGUAAAGGCUUGUCACGUGUGUAUACUGAGAAAAUUCAAGUGACUCAUGGGACAUUCUAUAGUAUACCACUCAAAAGUGUUGCAUAACUACAUAUAUAUAUAUAUAUUCCAGGUAUAUAUCCAAGUGGAAAUCAUAGCACUGUAAAUACUUUUGUGUAAAUAACCAAACAAAUCUAAAUACAUUAUAGAAUACAGUAUAAUGUAAAUUAUAAUUAUAUUAAUUACAGAGCAUAUGUAUGGCCUAAUGACAAAAUUUUAAGGCAGACCAUUGCAUGGUCUAUCAAAGUUGUCUCAAGUUUAUUUGGGACAAUGUAAGAGAAGUUGUAUAAUAUCAUGACUGAAAAUAUUCUUUGAACUUUUAGAGGUACAUUAAGAGUUAUUACAUCCAAAUGUUAAUAUUUUCUAACACUUCACUUUCACAGUUACACUAAGUCAGUGAGUUACGUAUCUUUGGGUUAUGUGCCACAUGGCACAUAUAGGGACUGACUAAGGUGAUUUGCUAACCUGAGUGUUUUGAAUGACCAAAUGACUACUGGUAUUUGGCAAAUAAAUAGAUAUCUAGCUUGUGUGCAAAUAGAUAAAAAUGAUGCCUGUAUGCAAACUCCUACAUGUGUGAAAAGAUUGGAUAUGAGAGUGGAAUAAACUCUGCUAAGAGUCACGGGAAGCGACAAAGAAAAGGUCUCUUCUCCCUACCCACAGGUUAUCAGAUGUUGAUCAAUAUCAGGAUCGAUUGACCUGAGAUCAUGAGGCACAAUGCAUCCAUUGCCAUGUUCACACACCUGAACCUUUUCCAGAGACAUACAUCGAAGAGAAACAGUUCAUACAAAAGAACAAAGCACAUUACAAUGUAUAUUAUUUAUUCAAUUUGUCCACAGCACUUGACACUUGAAUCAAAUCAGCUUGAAUUCAUGGGUCAAAUUGUGAGAACAAAGCAUUAAGCUUGUGACAAGAUAUCUCCAUCUUACGUUAAUCUGGCAAUUCACUACUAGCUGGCACUAGUUAAAAUACUUGAAUAUUAAAUAAAGAAUGUAAUAUAUUGAAUGA